UUUAGAUUAGAAUGUUAGCUAAAUAGCGACUGAUAUUCAUCGUUUUGCAAUGUUAGCUGGCCAAGCAUAAUGUAUACAUGUCCACGGAUGGACAUAACAAUGGAAAUAAGACAGUCGUAAUUGUCAGUUAGCAAGAAAGACAAGCUAGCGGGUCUUUUCCCCGUACAUACUACGCUAGACUGUUUACAGUCACAACAGAUCUGUCUGCGUACGGUAUGGUUGAAAAGUUCUCUAGUGUACACAUCUACCUCUGAGACAGCACGGAACAUACCGUAUAGGUCGUGAGAUAUUUAAUUUGAAGGGACCAGUGAAUGUGUGACAUCAUUGUCAUGGUGACGGCUGAAAAUGAGAUGGGGCUGGACCCCGGGAAAGCGCGAGGGAGCAACAUGUGCAGGAGCUUGUCUAAGUAUGCCCCUGUGUUCCUGGUUCUUGCCCUGUCUGGACUCAUCUUUCUGCUUCGCAACAUUCACACUCUAGAGAGGCUCAACUGCCAAACAGUUUCCACCUUCUACAACCUUCAGAACAGCCUCCAAUCAGCCUUCACCCCUGAGGGCCCCUCUUCCCUCUACCGCAACCAGACCUACUGUGCCCAUCUGGGCCAGGAGCCCAGUCCAGAGGAGCUACUGGAGGAGCACUACAUUCUGGACUCCAUCUCCUGGCCAGAGCCCCCUGCCCGCCCCAUCUCCCUGAGCCGGACCAGCGACCCUGCCCACAGCCUCUUUGCCAUCCUGCCAGCAGAAGGUGGUAAAGACUGGCGAGUGGGCGACCAGCUGGAGGCUCUCGUCCAAAUCCAUGACUUCCAGGGUCGUCCCAAACACCACGGUGGAGACUUUCUCCUGGCCAGACUCCACUCCCCGGAGCUGGGUGCCGGGGUAGCGGGACAGGUGCUGGACCACCGGAAUGGGUUCUACUCUGCUCUGUUCCCGUUGCUAUGGGAGGGUACUGCCCGGGUGGAGGUGACGCUGGUCCAUCCCAGCGAGGCCGUGGCUGUUCUCAGGCGCCUGAGAGAGGAACGUCCGGACCGAGUGUUCUUUAAGAGCCUCUUCCGAUCGGGGUUCCUGUCGGAGACCACUGUGUGUAACCUGUGUCUGCCCGCUGGUCAGCAGCCCCUAUGUAACUAUACAGACCUGCGCACCGGGGAGCCCUGGUACUGCUAUAAGCCCAAACUUCUGGGCUGCAACACCAGGAUCAACCACUUCAAGGGAGGCUACCAGAAACAUCUUCUCACCAACAAGGAAGCUCUGCUCUUUCAAAGUGGUGUGAACAUCAAAGUCGCCAUCCAUGCCUCAGGGUCCAACUCAAUCACUGUGCUGCCUGAGGAGAAAGCCGAGGUAGAGAGCAGCAGCGCCCGGUCAGAGUCUGUCCGAGUCCUGCCCUCAGGCUACUACUUCCAGGGGUCGUGGAGGCCGCUGGGCGAAUACACCAUGCGCCAGUUCAACGACUCUUCCGCCAUCACUCAGUGUCUGAAGGGCAAGGUGCUUUACAUGUACGGGGACUCCACUGUUAGACAGUGGUUUGAAUACCUCAACGCCUUUGUGCCAGAGCUUAAAGAGUUCAACCUCCACAGUCCCAAGAACGUCGGGCCCUACCUGGCGGUGGACAGCAUCCACAACAUCAUGCUCCAGUACCGCUGCCACGGGCCCCCCAUCCGCUUCUCCACCGUGGCCUCCAGCGAGAUGCGCUACGUGGCUAACGAGCUGGACGGCCUGCCUGGCGGGCCCGACACCGUGGUAGUGUUCAGCGUGUGGGCACACUUCAGCACGUUCCCCGUGGAGGUCUACAUCCGCCGGCUGAGGCACAUCCGCAGGGCCGUGCUGAGGCUGCUGGACCGGGCCCCGGGGACCAAGGUAGUGGUGCGCUCAGCCAACCUGCAGGCUUUGGACCCAGAGGUCAGCCUGUACAACAGUGACUGGUUCUCCCUGCAGCUGGACGGAGUGCUGAGGGCCAUGUUCAAAGGCCUGGACGUGCUCCUGGUGGACGCCUGGGAGAUGACGGCAGCGCACCACCUGCCCCACGCCCUCCACCCUCCACCGACCAUCGUCAAGAACAUGAUAGACACCAUGCUCACCCACAUCUGCUCCCAGAAGAAAAGGAGUUAACAGACACCGUCAUGGAGGAAGUGAAAGGUGGAUCACGAGAGCGGUGCAAAGUCCGUCCCUUGUCCGAGUGUGCAAACGGGGAGAAAGAGAGAUGGAGGGAUGGUGAAUGAAUGAUAAGUGAUGCAAGGAGUGUGAUCUACUGUUUACAAGCUUAGUAACGUCCUAACACCAAAGCUUAGUGGCACUGUACGUCUGUGAGCAUGUUGCUACAGCUUUGACCCUAAUCAAAACCUGCCUGAGAUGUACCGUGUGGUAGACUGAGAAUUAAUCGUAAAAAAAAACGGUUAAAAUGUUUUUCCAAACCCUCUCAUUUAAGUAAGAAGAAUGAAGGUGCAAUAUAAAUAAAGGAAUGGGACACAAAACAACGAGAAGCUUUACUCAUCAUGUUACCAGAUAACCCUAAAACUGCUUGUACUGUACUAGACUAUCAUGCUAAUUCCAAUUCUGCAUUGCCCUAGACCGGUGGUCUUCAACCCUGGUUCUCAGGGCCCACCGUCCUGUGUUUUAGAUCAGUGGUUCUCAAACCUGUCCUCAAGUACCACCUGUCCUGCAUGUUUUAGAUGUUUCCCUGCUCAAACACACCUGAUUCAAAUCAAUGGGUCGUUAUCAAGGUCUGUAGAAGCCUGAUAACGACCAUUCAUUUGAAUCAGGUGUGUUGGAAGAGGGAAACGUCUAAAACAUACAGGGGUGGACCCUAAGGAUCAGGGUGAAGACCGCUGCCCUAGAGUACACACUGAAUUGUGUAGCCUAGCUGAAGACCAUUGAUACCAAACUGUAACUCUUAAGAAUGAUUGAUAAAAUGCCUGUUUGCCAAAUCCUCUAAGUUUUACAUCCUUAAUUCUCACUAUGAAUGAAUGUUUUGGUCUAAUCCAAGAGAUCCUAUUUUAGUCAAAUAAUUUUACACUUCAAAAAAAAAUCAACAUACUUUAAAAUUCCACAACAUCAUGUGGGAAUCACCAAGCAUCAAAUCACCAAGCAUCAAAUCACCAAGCAUCAAAUCACCAAGCAUCAAAUCACCAAGCAUCAAAUCACCAAGCAUCAAAUCACCAAGCAUCAAAUCACCAAGCAUGACCUAUGUGAUGAUAACCAGUUGUAUUCCAAGAGUGUGUUCUUAUUAAACAAUAUUACAUGUGUUAUGUUUACUAUUGAUGCCUCUUAUCAGUGUUCAACUGCUUUAACAUAUACAUCAACUAAUUUGCUGAAGGUAUCACUUAUGAUAUUUAGAAAUUGUACAAUGUUGGCUCUUUUUUUAAUUUUCUAACCUAACUUUAUGCUGUAGGUUUGUUGUAUAGGUUUGUUGUACCUCGGGGGGUAUGUCCCUGUACUUACUGUACGUCGCUCUGGAUAAGAGCGUCUGCUAAAUGACUAAAUGCAAAUGUAAUGUAAAUGUAAUGACACAUUGACAGCCUAUUGUUGCAAUGGCCAAUGAACACCAAAUUCAUAAAUACAUGAUUCAUUAAUAAAUU